AUGAGUAGCCUAGCUACACCCCCAAUUCCUCCUCACUUCCACGAGUACCAACGUCUCUCUCCUACAAGAUCAAGUGGGUAUAUUUCUACCUACGACACCAGCAGUUCUAACAUCCAGUUAGUGGCCAACAAUACUCCUUCUAAUCCUCGAAAGCGGAAAGCGUCUCCAUCCAGCGAAGACGAUGAAAUGAGCACAUCCCCACAACCAGCAAAUGCAAGAUUACCAACACAACAGCCGUUCUCGAGGAAGAAGGCGAGACCCAACUUGACCGGCAGACCAUUGACUGUCGACCGCCUAUUAGAAACGCUCGAGAAAGACAGCUUGAGAUCGGUGCUGAAGACCUUGGCCGAUCGAAACCCACAACUAAGAGAUGAAAUCCUUCACAUCGCUCCUAGACCAUCCGUCAAUAGCACACUAGAAGUUCUCAACCACUAUCUGCAAGAACUACGCUCCUCCUUCCCUCUGGGCCCCAACCCACGAUCAGACUAUUCCUACGAUCGAGUACGGCCACAAUGGAACAACCUACUGAACGCCUUGACGGAUUUCACUCCUCACUUUCUACCACCUAAUGAAGGUCAAUCCUCAAUCAGUCUCACAUACCUGGAUGGGUUGACCCAGAUAAUACAUCAACUGCCCGAAUGGGAUACAGCACAGUACAACUUAGCCAAACAGGAAGCCUACGAAUCAAUCUCUAGAGCCUGGGCCACUGUCAUCAAGGAAGCCAGCAAACGUGCCGGUGGUAUACAGUUACAAUACGGUGGCUGGGAGGAGAAGAUACGUGAGCACAAUCAGAAGAGCCGCGGCCUAAUGCAGGAAGCAUACGAUGAGUUGGCUCAGUCUAUGUGGCUAAGACCUAGCUCGCAGGCUCAGUCUAGCGCCGGCUUAUCUCAAUCGAGACAGGAUGUCAGGAACCAGUUGUUUGGAGGAACCUACGGGUCAGAUCAACAACAACAACAACAACAACAACAACAGCACCAACCAAUCAUGAACAUGAGAACAGGCAAUGGUGGUUGGUAG